AUGGCACCUGCUUUUGUACUGCUCGGCAACCCACUUCCGAAUGCUAAUGGCUUCGAAGCAUCCCAAUUCGAGCUGGCGCAACCGCCCAGCGACGCCAUCUCCUCGCUGGCGUACGCACCCGAUUCUCCCACGAGACUCCUGGUGUCAUGCUGGGACAAGAAGAUUUACCUCUACGACACACAUAGUGGAGAUGAGGAUGCUCCGGGAACCCUCCUCCAGACGAUCGAGUUCCGCGCCCCCGUGCUCGAUGUGACUUUCGGCGCGACAGACAAUGAAGCCUACACGGCUUGCUUGGACCACUGCGUAUACAGGGUCGAUCUGGAAUCAGGAGAGAAGCAAGUAGUAGCUCAACACACCGCUCCCGCGCGUUGCGUAGUGUACAGCACAGAGCAUUCCCUCCUCAUCUCCGCCUCUUGGGACCAAACCCUUCAAAUCCAUAACGCAAAGUCGCCAUCCGACGACAAUAUCACCGUCCAUCUGCCCGGGAAGCCACACGCCCUGGCCGUCAGCCCCUCGAAGGUUGUCGUUGCCAUGACCGCCCGCCUCGUUAACAUCUACGACCUGAGCCAGAUCCCCUCCCUCUUCUCCACGCCAGGGCCCCACGACAUCAAACCCUGGCAGCAGCGCGAGUCUUCUCUCAAGUUCCUCACCCGCGCUGUUUCUUGCAUGCCCAACGAUGCUGGCUACGCCACCAGCAGCAUCGAGGGCCGUGUUGCCGUUGAGUGGUUCGAGGACUCGGCCGAGUCCCAGGCCCGCAAAUAUGCCUUCAAGUGCCAUCGCCAAGCCGCCCCGGACGGCGAGGGCGACAUCGUCUACCCGGUCAAUGCCAUGGCUUUCCACCCUGUCUACGGCACGUUCGCUUCAGGCGGCGGUGACGGAACUGUUGCCCUCUGGGACGCCGAAGCCAAGCGUAGGAUGAAGCAGUACCAGAAGUUCCCGGACAGCGUUGCGGCUCUGGCUUUCUCCAAAGAUGGCAAAUACCUUGCCAUUGGUGUCUGCCCAGGUUUCGAGACCGGUAUGGAGGACUACAGUGCCGAAGGCAAGGCAAGCGUUUUCAUCCGCGAACUUGGCGAAACGGAGGCCAAGGGCAAGGGCGCGAAAUGA